UAAAGACUCAGUUUGCCACAUCUUUUCAUUCAAUGCAAGGAUUUUUCAGAAUUCAAGUCUAAUAGCCAAAUAUACUGUACAUGGCAUAUAUAGCAUGUUCAGGGGUUUUGUCUAUGAUAAUUAUAUGCCCAUUAUAGCUGUACCCAUAAGUAGUAAAUAAGGCCUUAAAAGUUGUUGCUGCAGUGAGCAGGAGUGCGCUGUCACAAUGUGGCCCCCGCAGCACUCACAGCCUGUAAACAAACGUCACAUGACCUCACAACUGCAUCAUAGGAGAGCCAACUGCCCCCAAAGAAAUCGUCAGUUGGUACCAACUGCCCUAGAGAGACACAAGCUGGAGGAGGAUGGGCUUGUUUUUCUCAUCGCCGAGUUGCUCUUCGGAGCAGAUUUCAACAACAUAUUCACCUGAUUUUUCUUCAAUUCAUCAUUCUACCGAAAAUGUAACUUCUCAGGCUCGUGAAAAGCGUUCUGUGGCUUGUCAGACUGAUGGGGAUCCUGGUGUGACUCAGCCAGCUAUUGAGCAGCUGUCGGUUGUGGAUCCAUAUUGGGAGGUGCUGGACCCCAAACCCGAUAUCCACGCCCUAUUUGACGACUUUAAUAAGAGAUUCUUUCGUGGACUGUUACCGCCAAUUGACCUUAAAUGGAGUAACAGGUUAUGCAUCACUGCGGGAAUUUGCAUCCAAGAUAAUAUAAGUGGAAAAUGCAGAAUUCGCCUGAACAAACCUCUCCUUGAUUUACGGCCAAGGAAAAAUACAGUGGAAACGCUCCUGCAUGAAAUGAUCCACUACUACCAGCGAGUCAGAGGAACAAGUGAUAUAGAUCAUGGCGCAACCUUUCAUUUUCACAUGGAACGAAUCAAUAGAGAAAGUGGCGCAAAUAUUACGGUCUAUCAUGAUUUCGAUCGAGAAUACGAGUCACUGAAGCGCCACUGGUGGAAAUGCAAUGGUCCCUGUGCACAAGUAGUGAGGCGGCUUGCGGACAGGACUCCGGGCUCCAAGGCGCACAAGCGCAAAUGCGGAGGAGAAUUUAUAAAGGUCCGAGAACCAAAGAGAAUGAGAACUGGCCUAUAGAUUCACUUAAGGAAUAUUCUAGAGACUUUCUCCUUGGCGAAUAACAGUUUUGCCAGGAAAGGCCGUGGCCCAAGAAUGCCCAGCACUGAGUUAUGGAAAAUGAGAUGCUGCUAUCCAGAUAGGCAAUGUGGGAGGCUAUUGCUAUGGGCAGAACUGAAAUGAACCUCCAAUGGGCCAAGAAAAUGCCAAUGAGCAGCCAUAAGAUUAGCAUUGCCUACGUUAUAUAAGGCGCGGGCACAGCGGCAGCAAGAGAACAAACCGUACUGCUGAACUGGCCCGUAGAAGGGAUACAAGUUGGAUACUGGGACUGUUCCAAUGGAUACAGAAAUCACACAAAGAGCCACACAGAGCCACACCAAGGAACAGACACAACUGGAUGGAAUCCCUGAUGCCCUUUCAUACAAGUCAUGUGCCAGUUAAAGCGCUGCUGCUGGAAAUACAAUGGGCCCUGGGCACAAGUAGCGGGCAGGCCUGCUCAAAUACAAACUAGAGGAACUGAGUAGGAAAUGUUAUAAAUAUCCAGGAACCUCACAGGAGACCUUCAAACAAGAGACUUGAGAGUUGACCUACAGAAAAACUUCACAGAGACUUUCCUCUUGGCUAUGGCACCGUUACGUAUCCAGAUAAAAAUAAUAUAUUACU